AUACAUUAACAUUCAACCGCGUAUCUUCAGAUUUAGUUCUUACUUUGCAGACUUAACAUCUCUUCAAAUUAGUCUAGCAGUUAGUGAAGUAAAAGUGAAAUAAUUCCUAGUGAACAAUUACCAGAUAAUUUUCUGGGAUACUUCCGACAAAGUGAUUUUGAUUCUGUGAAUCUUUGCAAUUAGAUAAAAACAUGUUUCAACUAACGUUAAUAGGAGUCAGUGUGGCUUUGCUUGCAAUCGCCGCGAAUGCUCCUCCUGAAUACAUAAAACAAUGUAGGAAAUCUGAUCCACAAAUCAUCGAAUGCUAUAAACAAUCCUUGCAGCACUUAAGCCCAUAUCUAGCUAAAGGAAUUCCUUCGAUUGAGAUGCCCUCCGUUGAACCCUUCAUUAUGGACACUCUAGACCUUCAACUCACCGACGGUCCUCAAGGUUACAAGAUCUCCAUGAAAAACAUCGAAGUAUUCGGUGCCAGUAAUUAUCAAGUGAAAUCAAUAAAAUUAAGUGAAAAUGAUAAACCUUUCGAAGCAACAAUAAUUAUACCAAAACUUUCAAUCGAAACUAAAUAUACCAGUUCCGGUGUAUUGUUGAUUAUUCCUGCAUCUGGUGGAGGUGAUCUGCAUGGUGUUUUCCAGGGUGUCACAGCUCAUUUAUUGGGCAAAGUUUCAACGAAAGUGAAAAAUGGCAAAACUUACCUGCAUGUUGAUCACCUUAAUCUUGAUCUUGACUUUAAAUCAGUUAAAUUGAGCAUUUCGAACGUCCUUCAUAAUAAUCAAGUUUUGACGGAUGCCUCUAACUUGUUCCUUCGUGAAAAUGGUUUGGAAGUAGCGCAAACUAUGCGACCUCAGCUACAAAAGAGGUUAUCUUCAGUGUUCGGAAGGAUUGCUAAUCAAUUAUUAAAAUAUGUUGCCGUUGAAGACUUUUUGAUCGAUUGAAAAAAUACAUUUUAAUCGAUUUUCUCGACAUCUGUGGAAGAGUUCGCAGGAAGAUAGGCCCCUAUCAGAAAACGAUUGUAUUUAAUAUUACGCUGAUAUGACGACUGAUCCUGUAAACUUCUUCAUUAUGUUGAUUUAACCUCUCGCUGAUAGGCAUACAUUGGUGUAAAUAGAUUAAGAAUAGUUUUAAGUUUGUUGAUUGUAUCCAUAUGUUGUUUUUAUACUUUUACUGCAAGUGAUCUGAAUUAUGUAUAUUACUUUAAUAAACUGGGAAUAUUUUUAAUUCUG